AUGGUGCUUUUAAAAAGUGGUGGUAAGAGAUUUAGCACUUUUUUAUUGUUUGUUAUUUUCUCAAAAAAAUCGAAAUUAGAUACAUACAUCUAUGUACAUAGAUUCCAAAAAAAUACUUGUAUAUAUAUAUAUUUUUGCAGAUAUGUGGUUAGUCGUUUUAUGUUUCGUUCUUCCGGCGAUUAUUUUCUCGUUGUUUGCACUGGUUGCUUGGCUUCGAGUAUUACAGCUUAAUUAUAGGUAAGUUUUUACUAGAAACGAUUAUAAAUGAUUUUUGAUCCUAUCAACAAUAUUUUUCUAUUAGGAGAAUAUUGAAAAUUCGUCAUAGUAUUUUUUUUUUGAAAAAAAACACAAAACAAACAAAAAAUCCGGGUUCACACGAUAUUGUGAAUUUUUCAAAAUAUGAUGAAAUUCUGAAAAAAAACAAAAUAACCCAAAAUGAAUAUUUAUUUCAAAAAUAUAUAUGAAGAUAAUUGUUUCAGACGGCGAAUAGAGUCGGAAAAUGCGGAAAGAGAGGCGAAGAAAAAGGCAACGCAAAUUGAGAGCUUGAUUACCAAGUAAGUUCGAAUUUUAGGUAAAAAUUCUUCAAUUAAUCGAUUAAAUGAAGGGAUCACGAAUUUUUGAGAAACACUUUUUGAUACUAAUUGAUAGCAUAGAAAUGAACUAUUCCCAUUAAAAUUCUUUCAUAUUCUCACACUCUCUUACUCUAUCAAAUCCCUUUUUUCAGAAAAGACGGAAAAGUUUUCUGCAACAUCCCAAUCAAAGUCGAAGAUAUCGAAACAGGAGCCAUGUUCCUCUACAAUUCUGACGAAAACCUUGCCAUCAACAUUGUCAACGAAAAUGAACUCAAAGAGCCACUGGUUGACAAUGAAGAAAUCUAA